CGUCGUUCCCGAGUUGUCUCUUGAAGAUAUUUUUUAGAUAAACUCCUGCGUGACAUGGCCAGGAGGGCCCUCGUUUGCACGCGAGGGCCGAUGCGCUCGACACCGGGACACGAGGACGUGCCAGAGUUCCAUCCAAGCACUCCUGCGAGGAUGGUGGACUGACUGCGACUAGUAGGCAAGGGACAGGUGCCUGCAAUGGAGGUUCUGAAGGAGGAGGGUCCUUCAAAGAGGAAGGAUGGAGGAGCUGAUCCAGCUGCCACCCAAGCUGGAAAGAGGCUUCGCCAGCAGAAGGUGACUGAGGUCUACGGUGGCGUGUGGGUUGCUCGCCACAAGAAGGUUUUCCUUCAAUGGCUUUAUUCCAGCAGGGUCUCCUUCAAUGCCUUUCGCAACGAGGCAUGGAAGGCAUAUCAACAGGUGCUUCUUGAGCAGCCUGGCAGUUCGCCGCGCGCUGUGCUCCCCAGCCACAGCGAGAUUGCGAGCAUGCAGGCGGUGGAGACCCACUGUGCGGAGUUGGCGGAGGAAUUGGAGGAGGUGAGGCAACCAUUCCGGGUGACUGGUGCCACCAUCCUCUCAAACGGGAAGAAAUCACGAGACGGGAGACCGAUCGUGAAUUUCCUUGUCGCAGGCUCGCGAGGGGUCGUCAUGUACAUGACGAUCAAUCGAGAGGGGGAGCCGGACGAUGCAGAGCACGUCCUUUGGAGAUGGGUCACCAUCUUCCGCGAGUUCAGGUUCGGUGGACCGCAGCGGGUCAAUGCGAUAUGCAUUGACUCCGCUUCCGCGUAUGUGGGGGCUGCAAAGGCAAUGACCUCGCCGACCAUGCCUCUUGCACUGAGGAGGAUCACUUGGCUCCCAUGCUCCAUCCAUGUCUGCAACAAAUUGUUGUCAGACAUGGUGACGAGUUGCGACGCGUUUGUGGACAUGAUCACACGCGCUCGUAUCAACUGGGAUCCUUGGUGGCAGAGGGUGGCCACCAUCGUCCAUAUCAUGGAGCCCGUCAUGCAAUUGCUUAGGCGGAUGGAUCGUGGAGGGCAGUUCAUGUCGCUCAUGGUCGAGUGGGCACACGAUCUUGUCCACCGUGUGAAGGACGCAUGCGCUCCUUUGGGCCAGUCCUUUGCGGACUGGAUCAUCAGGCGUGUGCAGACCCCCACACAUCACAUGCUUGAGUCGGCUCACUGCGUCGGGUUCUUACUGAACCCCCGCACGCGACAUGUUCGCUACUUUCCAGGCGAGGUGGAGGAUUACCAUGCUUGGCUUGUGAGGCAAACCAAGAGGUACAUUCUGACGCAGACGGGUUUCGAGUUCGACGGUGCGGAUUACAUCGUUGCCUGUCGGCAAUUUGAGGACUUCCAUAUGCAGCAGGGCAGGUUUGGUGGUUGGGGCGGGGCGGAGGGGCGUGCUCGUGGGCGCGCGUGUAGCGGUGACGCCGAGACGACUGAGUGCACGUCUUGGUGGUCCCAGUACGGGCUGGCGCUCCUGAGUUGCAACGGCGGGGAUGAGGACUCCUACUCCGACGAGGCGAGAGUCGUCCAUUCCGCCACCUCCUGCUCCGAGUCCUGCACCACCAUCGCCCGUCUUGCCACUUCAACCGGCCACUACAACGGCGGAGACGGAGGAGUUGGCAUCCUCCUUGUCUUAGCACGUACUUUUGCAGAGAUCUACGACGAUUCGCCAACUGAGGUUACAAUCACCUUCCCCGGAGGUCUUGCAGGAGGAGGUUGGCCACAGUGCCACUCCGACGGACAGGGGGGGACAACGGCAGCGGAGGAGGAGGUCACGACAACAACAACGGCGGAGGGGGAGGUAGCAACAGCGGAUGAGGAGGUACCAGCAGUGGCGACGGGGGAGGAGGUGCCAGCUGGAGCAGCAGUGGAGGGGGAGGAGGAGGUAGUGCCAGCGGUGGUGGUGUCAGACGUCGAUAUGGAGCAUGAUGGUGCGGACGCCACUGGGGGCGGUCACGACGCCGAGGAGCACCUCAUGCAGCAGUUUCUCAUGGAGGAGCUCGAUCCAGUCGUGGGCGGUUUCACCCCGGGUGUGGCAAGGGGGCUGGGGAUGUCUCCUCACACAGGGUGGGCGGGUUCAGAGAUGGGGACCCAUUUCGACUUUGACAUGUCGAUGGGCGCUCCCCCUACUUGCAGCGGGACGGCAUCGACAGAUCGGGCGCCAUCGAGGGACGAGGCAGCAGGCGAGAUGGGGUCGCAGACCCCGAGAGAGAGGAUGGCGGCGAAGUCCCAAGAUACGGCACACGACAUCAUGGAGCGAGAGAGGGCUCGACUUAUGGCAUCCAGCAACCCACGUGCUCAGGCGUUCGCACGGGCCUUGGAGGAGCGCAGGCGUCGAGAGAUAGGGAGAGAUGGUGGGCAGGGUGGGGUGGUGGUGGGGGCGGACGUUAUGAAGGGAGUGGCAGCAAAGGCGGUGGAUGAGGCUAUGGAGGGUGGACCACAGGCGGUGGAUGAGGUCGUGGAGAAUGGAUAUGGGCGAGAUGGGAGGGCUGGCGACGCACGACCCGUAGUUCAUGAGAUAGUGACGGAUCUAGUUGUCCCGUCCUCCGGCCUGCACUUGGUCGAGGCCCGACGGUCGCAGCCGGCUGAGGUGGCAGUGCAUGAUGUGCCACCUGUUAUUAUCACGGAUUUGGGGUCCGAGCCGAUGCGAGGUCGCGGCGGAGGAGUGUCCACCUCGACCUUGGACCACGCUUUGAGAGCAGCGACGCGUGUCGUGCAUGAUCAGACUCCACGCAAGCAUGGAGUGCCUCGUCCACGCUCCGUACCUGUAGAGGGAGGUGCUGCACUCGGAGAGUCUUCGGGGGCAGGGGGGUUGGGGAUGCCUCGUGGAUCCUGCCGUCAGGACACGGUCGCACAGGCUAGCACGAGGGUCGUUCUGGUGAGGAAGGGAGGCAGCCCUGUCACCAUCGAGGAGGAUGAUCCUGAGACGGCACCGACAGUGCGGGAGGAGGACGAGGACUAUGAGGGUGAGGAGGAGAGUGAGGAGGAGGAGAGCGAGAGUGGCGAUAGUGGUGACGACGACGAAGAUGAUGAUGAGCCCCCACCUCCCCCACCGAUGCGUGCAUCGAGACGCUCCGCUGCACAGACGUCUUCAUCCGCACGAGGGAAGAGGAGGUCGACAUCUGACACUCGAGGGGGUACGAGGAGGCAGAGCGGGAAGGGGAAGAGGGGUCGGUAACCGUGAGGCCAGCAGUCCGCUUUCCCCUACUUGCACGCGACUUCGUCAUAUUAUGUGGUCCUGUUUUUUUGGUCGUGCUGUCUUACCUUGUCAGGUAGUCACUGGUAGUGUGCGUGCUGUAGUUGUUGUUUUCUUCAUGUUUUGUGUGUCAUCUGUACAGUAGCGUUGGUCGUAGUAGAGUAUCUCGCCACCGCUGACACGACUUGUAGAGUACUAUUUUUCUAUUAUUCGGUAUGUGGCACUAGUCGC